AUGGGGGUCAAGACGACCUCGCGGAGUAACGGCAAGUGCAGCGGCUUCGACGAGGCUGGUACGAAGCGACGUAAGGGCGAAAACGGUGGCAUCACCGAGGGAAUUGACGUGGCUGAGGUUAACGCAGUCGAGCAGAACGCCUUUCGGCGUAUGAACGCGAGGGAAAAACAGACGGUUGACUUCAGCGAUAAGCUUUACCUCGCGCCGUUGACCACCGUUGGGAACCUUCCGUUUCGCCGUGUUUGUAAGGGUUUAGGCGCUGACAUCACGUGCGGUGAGAUGGCCAUGUGCACGAAUCUUUUGCAAGGUCAGCCUAACGAGUGGGCAUUGCUUCGACGGCAUCCAAGCGAAGACUUAUUCGGGGUCCAGAUUUGCGGUGGUUAUAGUGAUUCCGUCGCACGUUGCUCACAGCUCAUCGACGACGUGAUCGUAUCGCAAGGUGGCUGCGAUUUCGUAGACAUCAACAUGGGUUGCCCUAUUGACCUCGUCUGUAACAAAGGCGGGGGUUCGAUGCUCUUAGAGCGGCAUAAUCGGAUGGAGCAAAUUGCUCGAUCAGCUUCCUCUUUGCUUUCUUGCCCACUCACGCUCAAGACCCGGACGGGAUACUAUGAUAAUAAACGUGUUGCGCAUGAUAUCGUCCCAAAGCUCAAAGAUUGGGGAGUCGCUGCUGUUACUCUACACGGGCGUUCACGGCAACAGCGAUAUAGUCGUCUUGCUGACUGGGAGUACAUAAAAAACACUGCCAAUGUAUCAUCUGUGCCUCUUAUAGGUAACGGCGACGUCUUUAAUUUCCGUGACUAUGAAAAGAAUGUCGAGGGCACAGGAGUGAUGACGUGCAUGAUCGCAAGAGGCGCGCUGAUUAAGCCUUGGAUAUUCACCGAAAUCAAAGAGAGAAGAGAUUGGGAUAUCAGCGCGACCGAGCGGUUGGAUAUGCUAAAACGCUUCGCCGCAUAUGGCUUAGAACACUGGGGAAGCGAUGAGCGAGGUGUAGAAAACACAAGAAGAUUCCUUCUCGAGUGGCUGUCUUUUCUACACCGGUACAUCCCUGUCGGUUUGCUGGAAGUCGUUCCGACUGGAAUACACCAGCGCCCGCCGAGUUACGUGGGACGAAACGAGCUGGAAACCUUAUUCGCGUCAACCCAGGCAGAGGACUGGGUGAAGAUCACUACGAUGUUGCUCGGUCCCCCGCCAGCUGGAUUUAAUUUUGUGCCGAAGCAUAAAAGCAACGCAUACGGGGCAGGCGAGAAAGGGGCAGCUCUAGCCGAUUUCGAUGGAUUAAGCGCGCAAGGGUGA